AUGGCUGAUGCCGCUGCGGGGCCGCGACCCACAACUGUCGCAGAGGCCUUUACAAAUACCGCAAGAGCCCUGGAGCAGUUCAGCAUUGAGCGGAUACGUGUGGAAGGGCUCAGCUGCGGUCGCAGAAGCGGGUCCCGCGGCCCGGAGAGGGAAGCAGAGGAGGAUGAGGGCGUUCGCACGCUCACGGAACAGGCCUUUAUGAGGGAAUUUGUCUUCCAGUCACGGCCGUGCGUGAUUGUGGGGGCGCUGGAGGACUGGCCCGCCAUGCAGCGCUGGCGUGAUGAUACGUACCUCUUCGACUUGGAUGGGCAUUUCGAGAGCGUGCGGCGGGGCACGGAGGAAGUGGCUGCCCUCUCCAAUGGAACUACGGCGGCCACGGCCGUAGUGGACAGCCCGUUGAAGGACGAAGAGCAUGACUUGUCCGAUGACAGCACCCAGCCGCAUGCGGAUGAGGAGGAGGACGGCUUGAGGCGAGUGACGGUUGCUUUGACGCCGAAUGGGCGCGCCGAUGCGGUGACGUAUGUGACGUACCAAGGCACAAAAACAAAGGAGGAUGGGGAAGAGGCGAGUACCGCGGAGGAGGCGGUGGUGACGGAAAAAUUAUUUAUGUCUGCCGCAGAGAUUCGUGCGACGUUACCAGAGUUGUAUCAGCUUCUCUGCGCGAACCCGGCUCAUCCGCCGGCGCGACCCGUCUUUGUUGACCUACGCCGACCCGCACCAGUCGUUGCCUACGCGCAGAUGCAAAACAACUGCCUAGAGGUAGAGUACCAGCACCUCCACGAUGACAUCCGUGUGGAGCUCGACCGUUUUGGGGAGCGCGUAUUUGGUGGCCCGCACGAGGCGGCAAAUGUGUGGUUUGGAACCCCCGCCUCUGUCUCGUCCAUGCACCAGGAUUGGGUAGAGAACCUGUACGCGGUGGUGCGUGGGGUGAAGGAGUUUAUCCUCAUCCCGCCGUGGGAGGGCAUGUUUGUGCCAAAGCCGGAGCUGCCCUCCGCGGCGUUUGCAGUUCAACGAGAAGACGAAGAGCGUGGCUACAGCUUUGCGGCGGCGCCUGUGCGGGAUGGCUUGAAGCUGCCAUGGAUGGAUGUGGAGUUUACACCGGCCGCCGUGGAAGAUGCGGUGCUCCUGCCACCCAACCUGCGGGGUCGGCUGCAUCCACUCGUGGCUUACGUGCAGCCAGGGGAGGUGCUUUAUCUUCCAGCCAUGUGGCUGCACCGCGUGGCGCAGCACGCCGAUGUCGUCGACCGUCGUGCGAGGGAAAAUCACCCAGCCCGCGGCGAGGAGGCCGCGCAGAAUCCCCCUUUGCCGUUGAUUGCGGCGGUGAAUUAUUGGUACGAGAUGAACUUUACAAACCCCGCUGUUGUCAUGCUGCGUGAGUUUGGCCUCCUGCUGUGA